CUGAUACAUUCAGCAUUUCAUGAUAAUCAUGUUAACAGGAAAGAAACACUCUGAAUCUACUAACAGCAGAGAAGAUGACUGAAGAAGAGAGAAGAAUGAAGAUCAUCUGGACUUUCACUCUGCUGAUGAUUCCUGAUUUCGUGAGCUCCAUUGAUGUGGAAGGAUAUUCAGAUGGUGAAGUCAACAUCACAUGCAGAUAUGUGAAGGAAUAUACCCAAAACACAAAGUAUUUCUGUAGAGGAAAGAAGCCAGAUAAAGAUAAGAGUAGGUGGUGCACUGAACUCAUCAGAACUGAAGAGAAAGAUAAAUGGGUUGAUUCUGGAAGAUUCUCUCUGUUUGACGACACAAGAGCAGCAGUUUUCACUGUGACCUUCAGAAAUCUGAGUGAACUGGAUUCUGGGACGUACCAGUGUGCAGUUGAUAGAACUAAAGGAAAAGAUUCAUACACUGAAGUGAAGAUGAACGUUAGAAAAGAGAGAGAUGAACACUAAACAACAUCAUCUUCUCUCUCAUCAGUUAAACCUCCACUGAUCACAUCUCCAUCUCCUGUAACAGGUACACACACCCUCUGAACUAGACUCGCUCAUGUCUAUCUGUUAUUAUGAUGAUGGUGAAUCUCUGG